AUGGCCUGGAGUCUCAUGAUUGUGCAGCUACUUCUCGAGCACGGAGCCGUUUUCAACGUCGAGGGUGGCCACUACGGAAACGCCCUCCAGACCGCUUCUUUUGGAGGGCAUGAUCAGAUUGUGCAGCUACUGCUCGAGCAUGGAGCCAAUGUCAACGCCCAGGAUGGAGAAUACGGAUACGCCCUUCAGGCGGCUUGCUCUGAAGGACGCGAUUAG